AUGAGUCAACAACAACAACGAAGUUAUGAUGAUCAAUUCAAUCAUGCUGAUGUUAAUCAUGAUGGAGGAGUUGAUCAACAAGAAUUUAGACAAUUUCUUGGCCCUGUUAGAGAUGAAAGAAGAUUAUCGGGAAAUUUAUCAGCUCAAGAUGUUCAACAUUUUAGUGCUCAUUCAUCACAAGAUGGUGAAAUCGUAUCAUAUCCAGUUGGUCUUGAUGUAGCUGUAGCUGGUUUCACACAAAAUCCAAUUGAAUAUGAAAAAUUUACAAGUGGAGCAAAUGCAGCAGAAAAUCAUACAUAUGGUCUUGGUCCUGAUGUUGGUAUUGGUGCACCAAAUGUAGCAAGAAAAAGUAAUCAAUAUGAUCCAGCUGCUGCUAUGUUUGAUUAUGCUGAUGUUAAUCAUGAUGGAAGAAUUGAUAAACAAGAAUUUGGUUCAUUUAUGCGAUCUGUUUAA